UCUCUCCUUUACACAACCACAUCACAAAGUCACAACACAUCCUCAACAAUUUCCUUAACUCCUCCGCACUACCUGCGCCUCUGUUUUUCUCCCUCUCAGUAAACAUUUCAUUUCGGGCUUCACAAAUGCUACAGGUGGAAACACUGGUCUCAGCGUGCGCCGGCGGAUCCAGCGAUCGGAAAAUCGCGUGCGAGACUCUCGCCGGCGACCACGCCACGGAUCCACCGGAGCCCCACCCGGAUUCUCCGCCGGAGUCCUUCUGUCUCUCCAGGGACGAGGAAUACGACUGGUGGAACCGCAACGCCGUCUACGAGCGCAAGGAAUCGACCAAGGCCAAUUCAACUUCCACAAACCUCAACCUCAACAUCAACCCUGGCACAAGCUCUAACAACAACUCUCAGCGCUUCUCUCUCAAUUUCAAGUCCAAGGCUUCCACCAUCAUUGGCUUACCCAAGCCUCAGAAAACCUCCUUCGUCGACGCCAAGAACCGCCGCAACCACAAACCUGGCAACACCAGGUUGUUCCCGAAACGCAGCGUUUCCGUCGGAAAGUCGGAGUCCGGGUUCGUGGAACCGUCUUCGCCGAAAGUCUCUUGCAUGGGAAGAGUCAGAUCCAAGCGCGAUCGAAAUCGCAAGCUGGUAUGUCCCCGGAAGGAUUCCCAGGGUACGCUUACAAAAGAGAAACCGAACAGAAACGGAAAGAAACACGGUUUUUUCGAGAGCUUUCGUGCGAUUUUUCGGUCCGGUCGAAAGGAAAAGCCGGACCGGAAACCCGAUACUAAUGUCGUGACGAAGAGCGUUGCAGUUAAUUUGAAAGCGCGGGACAGCACGUCGAGCGUGAACGACGCAUCGUUCGAGGACUCAAUCACCGUGUCGCGAAACAGCGUGUCGGAGAGCGAACCGCCCGGUUUGGGUGGCAUGAUGCGGUUCGCGUCUGGAAGAAGGUCUGAGUCAUGGGGAGUAGGUGAUUCCGAAGGCCACGUGCCGCGAUAGGAUUGGUCGGAGUAAACCAUCCGGCGGGGGCAACCACGAAGUGGGGCCCUAUGCCCUCGGGUGUAAGCAAUUGAUGAAAAAAAUGUUAUAAAAAUGUGAGUCUUUUUGUGCGGGACCCAGGCGUGUGGAGAGUGCUUCCGGGGGUGACGUGGCGCGUGGAAAAGUUUUCAGUUGUUACUUCUACUGUUUGGUUUUUGUACUGCUGUGGUUGAAUGAAUUUACUGGGUUGGUUGGUGUUUUUCUCACUCUAUUUUGUAGCCACAAAGUUCUGUAAAUACACACGAGUCAUGAGUGGUUUUGUCUGUUUGAAUUGGGCAGAUUAUGUAUAUUUUCAAUAAUUGUAUGAA